CGUCAAGAGCGCAGCAGAAAACAAAAAUUCAUAGCGCAGUCGAUUUUUCAAGCACUAUAUCCAAAUUUUUUUAAUUUUUUUUUUUAAAAAGAGUGUAAUGCCCAAAAAGGUAAUCACUCGGCGUCAGCGCAAGGCGGCAGAGGCCAAGCGCCAAUCCGAGAAAAAUGCGCGCAUUACGCCGGAGGCUCAGAAUGGAAAUGGAAAUGUUGUUCCGCUGCCUACAAGCACGCUGGAUAUCAAGCCGUCAUCCAGUGGUAUCAAGCCGGAGCCCAAAAUCGCCACCAAACAGCCAUCUGCAAAGCCAAACAGCCUAAAGACCACCCAAUCGCAGCAGCCAGCAACAGAGGGAGCCGAACUAAAUCCAGAGGGCAAGACGACAGUGACAAUUAUCGUUAAGGACAAGACCACACAGUCGGAUAAGAAAGUAUUCGACCUGCUCGUCGAUGAGAAUAUUCAGAAGCAGGUUGCCAAUGGAGCAGAGGGCGCCAUGCCGCUACCAGCAGCGCCCAAUGAGCAGGGCUCGUUCAGCAAGUCCUUAACCCGACGUGCAGUGGCAACAUUUACCAAAAUUCAGAAGCUCUCAAAAGUUUUCAACAAAAAGAUAAAUUACAAAGCUCCACCAGCUAAAGUGACCGAACCGAUGAAUUUAUCAAGCGCUCAACUGGAUGAGACUGUGAAGACUGCUCUCAGUGGUGCCCCGGGCAGCGAUAAUAAGGCAAAUAAAACCUGUAGCUGCGAGUUCUGCAAAGUGGUAUUAAAUCAGCUCUUGGCAGGCAAGAAACGCGCAAAUGAGAAGAAAGUCUGCAAGAAUGCCAACAGGCGUCUCCCGCUCAACCAUCUGCGCUCCUUGUCGCCUGGACGAAAUAAUAUCAAUAUCACUAGUGAUAAUAACCCAAUAGGGCUGCCAGUGGAGGCUAAGUUUGAAGAUGAUAGCAAAACCACGCAGCCACCUUCGGUAGCGACUCGGCGGCGCAUAAUCCAAAUGCUGGAGAAAAAGGAGAAGCUGCUGGAGAAGGAUGUGCUCAAGAAAAUAAAACAACUCAACAAGCAGAACUCAAAAAUUAAGGCUACGGAACAGCUAAUAAAGAAAAACGAGGCAAAGCAACAAAAAAGUAAGCCAAGCAUGGCAGAUAAAGCCACUGGACAGAUUGCAACGCCCAAACUAGCAAAGUCCGCCCAAUUGGAUGCCACAACCAAGACAGAACAAAGACGAGAUAUCUUUGCAGAAAUUCAAGCUAACACAGGAAUGAAGGUAAGGACAAACGAAAGUGCAAGAAUUUCAAAGCCUGCGAGCAAACCCAAACAGUCAGCUAAGGUGGCGGACAUAUCGACUGCCAUCCAGCAGCUCUCAGUGGCACCUGUAGAUGCAUAUCCACCCAAAAUUAUAGGAAACACUGGAUACUUUAUCUUGACCGGGAACGACGAGCAAUUGUCCUCGCAGCUCAACAAUUUGGCAGCUAGGAACGUGCAGGUCCAGAAUUAUUUGGUGCUGGAGCCGGGCGUGACUGAUAAAUUGCAACAACAGCUAGAGCAGCUGGAGAAGAAUCACGAGCAGCUGAUGCAACGCAUGAGGGCUAAGCACAAUAUGAUCGCCACACGUCGCCAAAGACGCUCAAAGGAACCAAAUAAAUAUACUUAAAUUUAAUUUAAUUUAUGACAAUGUACAUAAUUAUAUGUUACCAAGGGUUACAGUGCAGAUAUAUGCUGCUUAAUAUGUCAAACGCAAACCAAAAUACACAAGCAAACUAUUCCAAAUUUUAACAUAUGUAUGACAAACUAAUAUUAAAACACGCAAACUAUUAUU